AUGAGCUACAGCCAAGGCGGCUACGGCCAGCCAGUGACGAGCCAAGUGCCUGGGCAGCCAUACCCUGCAGGCUACCGGGCUCCACAGCCAACGACAUAUCGAGGGCCAGCUCCGAGACCAGCUGCGCCCUACGGUGCCUAUGGCGCACCUGCCGGCUCUCUCAGGCAGCCUCCCACGCCAGGCUUUGGCUCAGCGCAAGCUAUCAACGGAGCGUACGGAUCAGGGCAAGGGCGUCAAGCAACGUCUGCCGCUCAACAAGCGCCUGCGACAACGACACAAAUUCUUCAGCAGCGAUACGCUGGACAACCGAUAUACAACGAUCAAGGGUCUGGCAAUAGACUCACACUCUCCCUGCGCUGCGGAUUGACAGAGGAAGUCGAUUUCGCGUUAGGCAGGCUGGCAGAGAUCUCUCAAGCCGACCCAGAUUUGCUCCCCCUCAAGGAUCUGCCGGGCAUGCUAGAAGCUCUGCUAUCGCUGAUCCAAGACGCCCUGGUCGAGCACGAGCAGCUCGUCAAAUAUGCACACUUCAGUCGCGCAGAGCCAAACGCGGUCAUUCGGCGAGGGCUAGAGGCUGGCUUGAAUAUUCGCAAUCUCGUUCUGUCGCGCAAGAAUGGUCAGCAACUCGCAUCUAAUAGACGGCUCUUUCAGUGUCUUGCAGACAUACUCGAAGCCAAAGGCGACGCAACGUUGCCCGAUACCCCAGACCUGACCGAGCUGAAGGUGUACGCGCUCGAUAUCCUAGAAGUCAUCGGCUCGGUCGUAGAGCUCGUCGAUCCUGCCAAGAGCCGCCCGGAAGAUCCAGCUGCUCGCUUCUUUCCUGUGCUCGUUCAGCUCACUCAGUCAUCAGAUCGAGCUCUCGUGCUUGCUGCCUUCCGUGCCUUGUCUGUCUUUGCCCGCGAGGAUUUCAACGAGGAUUUCUUCACUUGUCGACCAGCGAAAGACAGAGCGGUGGGGGAUGUCGGGAAGAGCAACAUCAAGGAUCUGCUCAUGGUGCCCCUCAAUCGCGCUCUGGAGCUUCUGCCAUUGAAAGACGCAGAUCUCGUCCUAGCAGCGCUGGAAUAUGUAUACGAUCUCACGAGCAAGCCAGCGAAUGCGACAUUGAUCGUUCGCCGGCCGGACAUCCUAGCCAUUCUUCGGCUCCUACUCGCUCGAUUUGGCCACGGUGGCUUCCGCGAGACCUGGCAGGUCGAGAACAAGAGCACAGCCACAAGGAUGAUCAGCUAUGGACCCAUCACACGCGCAGAGUGGUUCAGAGACGCAGGCGACACCUCACUGAACCCUCGCGAACUCAUGCGACUUCUCGAGGUCAAGGAACCUCAGAGAGCAAUAGAUUGGAUGAGAUCGGUAUUCACCUCGGACGAGAUCGGCGAGGUCACUCAGGUGAAUUUGUGGAAUGCCUACCGAGCUGCAUUCGAGCAAUUUGCUGCGCAAUACGCCAUGCUUCCUGCUGCAGAUGUCAUCAAACAUACAACAGACGCUUUCCCUGACGCCGUACCGAUGGUCCAGAUGCUACCCACAGUCGGAGCUGAUGGCCGGCCUGAGAAGAAGUUUGUCAUCAAAGGUAUCAGACCUCGGACGAGGAUAGAUCUUGCGCGAGUGUAUGCUUGUCAAUGGCGAGAUUGCAAAAUGCAGCCGGGCGCGACGCCAGACCAGCUAUACAGUCACAUCAAGACGCACUUGUACGGCGACUUACCAGCGGAGCAGAGUCCGCAAGACCAUCUGCGAUGUCAAUGGUCAGACUGCAAGUUUGCGUCGAGCAGGCCAGCAAGCACACCCCUCUCGGCCGUCGAGGUCGAUCUACACGCGCGAACGCACAUACUAACCGGCUAUCAGCAAGCUCAAUUGCCGCCUGAACCUGCCGCUCCGACUUCGUCAGGACCAGCGACAGCGUUCGACUAUACGAUCUGGUCUGCGGCAAUGAAUGAUUCGGGCGAUUUGACCGGUCCAGCACUGAUCGCAGCACUGAUCGUACGCAAUCUCGCUCGCUCGAUUCGCACGGCCGCUGUGCGAGCUUACUCAAACACGAACGACAAGUACGGCAAUGGUAUCAGCUUUCAAGGCCGCACGAACCCCGAAGCGGACCAGGAGCAGGAGCAGAGUGAGGGUCAAAGCGAAUUCAAAGCGAUUGCAGAUGCAGGCCGAGACGCGCUCGCUAGUCUCGAGCCUCAGAUCGUCGAGUUCUGCUCAUCCAGCCGGCCCCUCUCACAGUACUGUGCAGAUAUCCUGGAGUCCAUCUCGGCGGUCGAGCGACUCGUUGCUCAGUAG